AGUCAUUAAUUUAUGCUUGGCUUAUGAUAAACAUCUGUCCAACAGUUUUUUGUAAACAAACCAUUCUUUCGACCUUGAUCCCCAGCUGGUGUUCAAUCCGGUUCUGAAGAUCUAUACAAGUCUGGCUAGCAGGUCACAUUGCUGUGAAUCAGAAAUUCAUAAUACGAGUAUAGACUUAAAUAGACAGCAUAAAAAAGACGAAAAGUUAUUCAAAAUUUCCGUUGUGAUCGAACCGCGAGAAAUGCUGGUAAUCAAUGAAUUUCAAACGCUUUGCAAGGAUUUUUUCUCGGACUCGAUGACCCACGUCUGCUCGGACGUCGUGCCAGAGUCCCUGACCAAGAAGUAUCGCAAUCGCAUGAUCAGUCCCAAGGAUCCCUACAGCAUUUACCAACUCAAUAACCAAAACUCCAGCUAUCUGCUGUUCUUUCGCUUCGCGGACAUGCCCAAUUGCCGUACCCUUCGAAUGACCGAUGUGCACAAUCUCAAUUGCAAGACUGACGAUGGCGAAUCGAAGAACUUGUUCUUCGGACAUAGCCACCGCAAGUGCUACAACUUUGCCAUGAAUCUGACCUCGGAGCUCAAGGAGCACUGUGGCGCCAGGAACUACGAGGAGAAUAUGCAAUCGGGCUACUACUACACAAACCGGGAAGUGAACUCCGUCAUCACGACCAACGCAACUGCUGGUGGUGUUCUACUGGGAACUUCAGUUCUCAUACUGUGCCUGAUCAUAUCACUAGUAAUGUUCACAAUUCUGCAGUGGAAGGCAUCUCGGUUGUGAGGCAGAGAUUCACCGUCGGCGUCAAGGAAGUGAAGGUAUCGGUGAAAGGAGCUGUUCCAAUCAGUUUCAUUACUCUCGAACUUAACAUUUUGAAAAAGGCACUUUCUUCCAAAUUAAAGAGGUCGUUCUGAUCGGCAUCGCCUGAGUUGUAAUUUGAAAUUUUGCGAGAUCUAAAAACAAUUUCUAAAGCAUCUAGAGAAAUCGUUUCUAAAUCAUCGGAAAAUUUCCAGUGACAGCAGAAAUAAAAAUUGCACCACAUGACCUACCCACUGGCCAAAGGAUCUUGGCAAAGUGUUAGCCAUCUUGCACUGCAUUCCAGCUUGCAGUGAAAUUCCGCAGCUCAUGGCUUGACAAACAUGGCCCUGUUUCGAGAGGACAAAGAUGCUGGAGAUGCUGUAGAUGCUGUAGAUGCUGUAGAUGAUGCUGAUGUGGCUGCCAUGCCCGCAGAAUGUUUGCUCAACACUUAUUUUUAGUGAAAGACUCGGAGGCGUGUGCGAAGAAAGGAGGUCUAGGUACAAGCCUCUGAAU